UCCCCUCACGCCUCCCCACCCCAAAUCUCUAGUCCUCACCCAAGCUUCAGCAAGACGAAAGCCCACAAACCAUGCUCUCUAUCCUAACCCGCAAACGCCACCUUCUCCCCAAUCUCAAGCCCCAAACGAAACGCAACCGGGAGACAUCACACCAGCAGAACAAUGCCAAAGAAAACCUACCAGCCCCAAACAACAAAGCCAACGAAGGAUUCCACUUCACCACACAGCUCCGCAUCCACCACCAAGCACCAGCUCUAGCAAUCUCAAAGAACCCCCCAACGAACCGGGUAGCUGAACACCCAGACAAAGAAAACCUCUCAUAUGAGAAUGGAAGGUUCCUGCUCUGCGACCACAACAGAGAGAGGGAUGAGAUGCAUAAAGGCAUGAGCGCCCUCCUUGAGGAUGACCCUGAACCUAUUGGACGCGCAUAUGGCUCUCCGUGCAGUGGUUUCUCCUCUUCCUGCUCAUCCUAUUAUUACUGUCCCUACCCGCCGGAUAGUCUAUCAACGACCUGGCAAUCAAUACCAACCCCCUCUGAUAAGAUUUGGCUAUCAGAUGACACUAACGACGACAAGAUGAGAGCAAGCAGAAGUACGAGUAGUCUUGCGACGAAGGCUCGGGGUUACCAUCCCCCGCAGCAAACCCCACACCACCAUCACCACCACCACCAACAACAAAAACAGCAGAGACAGCACCAGCAGCAGCAUCUGAGUCCGCAGGGAAGAAGCACACAGGACAAUGGAACCCAGGACCGGGACCGACGUCCAAAUAUCAGGAAAGCACGAUCGGGAAGCUUUCUCCUUCCCCCUUCUUCUUCGAAUUCUUCUUCCUCUUCGCCCGUGCGCAGGGCCUCUUACCAUUCGAUUCCGAGUACUAGCCGGCUGCUUCAGGGGACGGUGUCCUCGCGGUCUAAAAUGGUGGGAGCCGCCGCUGCUGCUGCUGUAGCUGCUACACAAGCACGAGCACAAGCACAAUCGCAGAGACGAACACAAAGUCCUAAAAGAACAGGGAUGCGUGACCCCAGCCCGCCGAAAAGAGUCCGAUGGACGGGCAAGUUCGAGAACCUGCGUGCCCAAACCACCAGACAGCAGAAGAGCAGCAGGAUGAAGAAGGAGGGACCGCCGAUUCUGCGUACACCUGAGCUAGAAAGGGAAGGGGAAUCACGGAGCAGGGGGGCCGAGCGAGUAUCCCCACCUCCUCCUUCUCCGACACCCCCAUUGCCUAAGAUUCGAAUCACGCGGAUCCAGGAUUCCCAUGAUGAUGGUUAUGAUGAUUUCGGUAGUAGUAGGGACGUGGCUGCUAUGACGAAGACUGCGCCUCCUACAACAGCAACAACAACAACACCAGCUCCAUUCCAGCCCAGACAACAGCAACCCACCCGGAGCCACCCCCAACGAAAGAUUCUCUUGCGCACCCAGGAAGAAAAGAUGGCACCGGUUCCCUCGCCCCGCAGCUUCACGCACACCCGCAUCGCCUCGCUCCCAUCGAUCGUCAAGGCGCUGAACAGACCCAAGCUGAUCGCCCGGCCGGCCUCGUUCACCCAGGUCUGGGAGCCGAAGAACCACGCCUACUGGCUGGGCCGGUUCGUGACGCUCACAAACGCCUUCCACUACGAGGAUUCCUUCCAGCAGCCCGACGCGGCCACGGGGUUCGGCAUGCUUUCGAGCUACUCACGGCCAUUGGGGGAUUCAGAAGGUGACCUGCCGAACUAUCGCAUCAAGCGGGCGUUCAUGGUGCUUGAGAAUGUGUGUGUGACCGACAAGGCGAGCGAUAGCCUUCGGAGGUUCCGGGAAGAGUAUGUAGCGAGACAUGGGGACCGAUGGAUGGAUUGAGUUUCUUUUUUUUUUGCUUGAUACUUUGGUUGAGAUGUUUCUUUGUGUGGGGUGGAUAGCGAGGCUGGACCUCGUUUGUUGUUUAGUGUAAAUGUACUAUAAGUGACUGAGAAUGUCAAAGGAAUGUUGGAUGAGGGGGCUGGCCGUGUUUCCGAUUUGUAUGCUUGCUUGAAUUGUGAAGUCCCGGUAGUUGGUCGUCAAUCCGUCGAUGGCCUAUUUCCGUAU